AUGUCUGUCCAAGCCACACCCUCAGCGGUUUUAGAGUCUGUUAUACUGAAAACUCUACAUGCUCAUAGCUUUUCACGUUCUUCUCUGCAAGCAUCCUCAAUAUUGGCAGACAUUUUGUCUCGCUUUCUGACUAUUUUGUCCUCGACAUGUGGAAAAUACGCCGAGCACGCAGGCAGGCCAACUCCUACGGUACAUGAUGCACUAUGGGCGCUCGAUGAACUGGGUAUGAGUAUGGACGAGCUCAGUGCAUACUGUAGCUCGGAAGGGCUGGAGCUUGGAAGGUAUGUGGCCCGUAGUGCGAAGAGAUCAGAAGAGCUGCAGGAGUACAAUGUCUAUCUCAUGGACGGCCUCGAAUCUAGCAAAGACAGGGCAAUACCCCUCGUCUAUGCACCACUUCCUGAGUACGAUUUGCCAGACGAGGAUGACGAGGAAUCUGAGGAUGAAGACAUGAAAAUGGCUCCUCUCCUAAAUGGACACACUCAUCCGAUGCCCCCUCCUCCAUCUCAUUGGAACGAGAAGUAUCCACACGUCCCAUCAUUUCUACCUCCAUUUCCUCAUGAAAAUUCUAAAGAGGUCCAAAAACCUCCAUCGCCAUCUGUUCCUCACCCUGUAAAAGUAGAACGCCCCCCUUCACCGCUUCCUCAACAUGUAUCUUCAACCGCCAUCCCUGAUUACAUCACGCAGGUCUCAUAUUCUCAGUCAACCCUUGCGUCACAGCCAGAGUGGCAUCUUCCCUCUCACCCACCAUCUGGACCCCCUAUACGAAAUUCGUCGUCACAGACUCCAUCAACCCACCCAUCUCUUAUCGCGGCUUAUCAUCACAUCCUAACACAGCCACCACCGCAUACCACCUCCGUAAAUCCUUCCAAGCACAAGAUCUCUAUGGCUUUGCUAUCACAAACUCAAGAAAACUCGCGAUGGACUGCCCCUGAUAGUCUAUACUCCAGCGUCACACCUUGUCCUCCUAGAGUCACUCCAAUCGGACCUACCUAUGCUGUCCCUCUCACUGCUCUACAGGACAAUCGCGCUGGAAAAGAUGAGGCGAAAGAACCAGAAAAGCGUUUCCCGUAUCCUCCAACGCCUCCGCGGCCAGUAUUUACAAACGAACGCUCAAUAUUUCUGGCAUCACGGCAUGCAUCACGCAUACCAGACCUUGCUCGACAAGUGUUACCGGGUUCUGUUUACAUCAGAACCACGCGUCUCGCACACCCUCCAGCUUUGCAAAGAGGAACACAAAAGCUACACUAUGGCCCUGGCGUGAAUGCCCCUUGGAACGCGAAUUCGGGGACGUUGGUAGGCGCUGGAACUCCCACGUCACACCCUAAUAAAGACCCAGACGCGAGUGGUUCUCAAAAUGGGAAAGAAGUUUCAUCAAAUGUGCUGCCUGAUGCGCAGUUGUUUGCUACUUGGGAGUAUGAUGCGAAGCACUAUCAAGAAGCUCUACCUGUUGGUCGUCGGAGCAGGGUUGGAACAUUUAGCUCACCGUCGGUGGCACUUUCACUGGGUGGGCGACCUGGGAAGUCAGGAUGAUUUCUCGACGUGUCGAUAUUACCUGUUUUCUCAUUGGAAAGACGCGACCAACUACUAUGUAUGCCCUUCUUGAGCUCGCCGAGCGGAGCGGUGGUUCUAAAGCUGUUUGACUCGAGAGAGUCAACUGACGGGGAAUUUGCACCGUGAAUUACUGGGUAACUAAUUUGUGGGUCGUUAUUCAAACAUAUGUUACCGCAUCAUUUUUAAGCC